AUGCGCAGAACACUGAAAGGCAAGCAAACGCCAUUGUCAUCAGAGCUCGUCGCCGGAAUAGCUCGCCUUGUUGCUUCUCUUGGCAUGGAGGUUGAUACAUCGCCAGCUAUUAUUGCCAAACUUGUCUGUGAGGUAAUACAUGGCUGGUGCAUUGUAUUGCCAGUCCAAUCAGCGGACGCUUGGCUUGCUGAAGCUGCAGUGUUUGCACACAGUUUCAUCGACUCGCAAGACUGUGUGGUUGUUGGUUAUGAGGAGAAGUACUUUACUGCUAUUUCUGAGGCAUUCCUGGCUGGUGCAAGGACAUCCACGAAGAGCUGGAUUGCACAUAUCGAGCUGAACCAAGGUCAGGCCGAGGCGCAGGACAUUAUUGACAGAGCAGUUAGGGUCGGGCUCCUUUCCACAGAAGAGAAGUUUUCGAGGUCAACAGUAUAA